CUGUUAUUGUAUUUCAAGAACAAUAUGUAAGAAUAAAAGAGUAUUAUUUAUAAAUAUUUAGUACCCCCCAUUUUAGAUUGUUAAUGGCUUGCCAUUUUAGUCGCUUAUUCUAUGAACGGUCCUUAUCGCAGUUUGUAGUGUCCACCAGCCCAGAAGGCGGCGCUCGACUACUCCGUUAUCAAAUUACGUAUUAUACACGCGCCGGUCGGUGCUCUCGUACGUAUUUUGUAAACAGUUGCUUUUCUGUAUAAAAUAUUUCCAAAUAUUUUCCUCCAUGGACGAAGAAUACUACGGCAAUGUUGGAGAAUGGGAGGGUCACGACGGCAACACGGAGGAUGGAUACGCGGAUGCUGAGACUGAUGGAAAAGUUCAGGAAGAGUGUCUGCAAAAAUUCUCCAGCAGAGACUACAUAAUGGAGCCCACCGUGUUUAACACCCUUAAAACGUAUUUCCAGGCAGGUGGUUCACCUGAGCAUGUGAUCCAGCUGCUCUCAGAAAACUACUCUGCUGUUGCACAGACAGUCAAUCUACUGGCGGAGUGGCUCAUCCAGAUGGGUGUGGAGCCUGCGCAGGUGCAGGAGCGUGUAGAGAAUCAUUUAAAGAGUCUAUUGAUCAAACACUUUGACCCUCAGAAAGCUGAUUCUAUCUUCACUGUUGAGGGAGAGACACCAGCAUGGCUGGAGCAGAUGAUAGCACACACAACAUGGAGAGAUCUAUUCUACAAACUGGCCGAGGCUCAUCCAGACUGUCUGAUGCUCAACUUUACCGUCAAGUUGAUUUCAGAUGCAGGGUACCAAGGAGAAAUCACAAGCGUGUCCACAGCCUGCCAACAGUUGGAGGUUUUCUCCAGAGUCCUACGAACUUCUCUCGCUACACUACUGGAUGGAGGAGAACAGAAUCUGGAGAAAAAUCUGCCUGAAUUCGCUAAGAUGGUGUGUCAUGGUGAGCACACAUACUUGUUUGCUCAGGCUAUGAUGUCCAUCCUCGCUCAAGAGGAGCAGGGCGGCUCUGCAAUGCGGCGAAUCGGACAGGAAGUGCAGAAAUUUGCCCAUGAGAGGGGGCAUGAUGCCAGUCAGAUCACAUUAGCGCUGGGCACAGCUGCUGCAUACCCUCGUGCAUGCCAGGCUCUUGGUGCCAUGCUGUCCAAAGGAGCUCUGAACCCAGCCGACAUCACAGUCCUAUUCAAGAUGUUUAGUAGCAUGGAUCCACCUCCUGUAGAGCUGAUCAGAGUCCCUGCCUUCUUGGAUCUGUUCAUGCUUUCGCUAUUUAAACCCGGAGCUAAAAUCAACCAAGACCACAAGCACAAAUACAUCCACAUCUUAGCAUACGCCGCUAGUGUUGUGGAAACAUGGAAAAAGAACAAGCGUGUGAAUAUAAAUAAGGAUGAGUUGAAGUCCACGUCAAAGGCCAUUGAGACGGUUCAUAAUCUUUGCUGCAACGAAAACAAGGGAGCUACUGAGCUAGUAGCAGAACUCAGCACAUUAUACCAGUGCAUAAGGUUUUCAGUGGUCGCGAUGGGAGUGCUGAAGUGGGUCGACUGGACGGUGUCUGAGCCUCGUUACUUUCAGUUACAAACAGACCACACUCCUGUCCAUCUAGCACUGCUGGAUGAGAUCAGCACAUGCCAUCCGCUCCUCCACCCUCAGGUGUUGCAGUUGCUCAUCAAACUGUUUGAGACAGAGCACUCGCAGCUUGAUGUCAUGGAGCAGCUGGAGCUCAAGAAGACCUUACUGGACCGUAUGGUUCACCUAUUGAGUCGAGGUUAUGUUCUUCCAGUGGUCAGCUACAUCCGCAAAUGUCUGGAGAAGCUCAACACAGAUAUUUCACUCAUUAGAUACUUUGUUACAGAGGUUCUAGAUGUGAUAACACCUCCAUAUACCUCAGACUUUGUCCAGCUGUUUUUGCCCAUCCUAGAAAACGACAGCAUAGCGGGAACGAUACGCACGGAGGGAGAACAUGACCCUGUUGCUGAGUUCAUUGCUCACUGCAAAUCCAACUUCAUCAUGAUGAACUAAACCACAUUAGAAAUUGGUGGGACGUCUGAAAAGGAUAAGGAUCCACGCAGACCGGAGCACUCUUCAUGGACGGACAGCCGAUUUCAGUGUACAUAACUUUUGUCUUGACCAAAAUAUUUUGUUCGCAAAAUAUUGACAUAAUUGCUGAACUUUGAAUGUGUGUAUUGAGGUCACAACUCUUAGAGCCUCUUUUUUGGUUUUAACAACUUGGUUUUCCUUUUUGUAUAUUGAAAUAUUUUUUUUAUUAAAGUCCGUUUUUU